GGAACCCUCUUCUUCAUGACCUGAUCUUGACCCUCCUCCCAGCAAAGGCUUCCCUGGAAGCUCUUACACACUCUCCGCUCCUUUAAAAGUCAGAGGAGCGGAGAGACUGAGAUCAACCCAGAAACCUCCAGCUCUCCUCAUCACCCUUCACCAUGAAGAUCUCUGCAGCAAUCCUGUGCCUGCUGCUCACAGCCAUUUCCUUCAGCUCCCAGGUAUUUGCUGAGCCAGCUUUCAUCCCAACCAGCUGCUGUUUUAAUGUGGCCAGUCGGAAGAUCUCCAUUCAGAAACUGGAGAGCUACAGACAAGUCAGUGGCAGCAAAUGUCCUCGCAAAGCUGUGAUCUUCAAGACAAAACUGGGCAAAGAGAUCUGUGCUGACCCCCAGGAGAGGUGGGUCCAGGCGUCUGUGAAGUACCUGAACCAAAAACUACAAACUCCAAAUCUAUAAAUGUCCACCUUUCUUAAAAGAGCCUGAACAAUGCUUGAUUAAUUUUCCCUACCUGAUAUGUGUUCUGAAACGUCAUCAUUCAAAAAAAUCCAUUUUAUGUAAUAAUUUUUUUAAAAAAAAGAUGGUAUGUAAGUUGAUGCUUUUAAACUUCUCUUUCCAAUGUCAGUUCUUUAUAAUAUGUAAAUCUUUGAACAAGCACACUUGACCUCUGUGAGAUGCAAUUCAAACCCUGCCAAGUGGGGGCAAUGUUACCCCUCUCCUCCUUACCUCCCUGGAGCUUUAUGAGGGUCAUGGCAGAGAUCAUCAGUUCAAAAAUGUUUUUGUAUUCUUAGGAAGAAUUUAUCUUGUGCACCCAAGGUGUGACUCAUAAUGUUAAAUGAAAAUAAAAGU